AUGCAAGAGACCACACCAGAGAUGACAACACCAUUCUGUACUGUGAAUGAAAAGACGCUGCUCAGAAAGAUAGUCAAACUUGUGGCAAUUCAUUUAAAAUUGAGAAGCACAGUGCGAUUGCAUACCACCUUGCGUACUCCAGCGGUCGUGAUUAUCGAGAUCAUUCCGGCCUCUUGCGGGUUGGUAUUAGAUCUCGUUUCUAUGGUGGCCCCAGACUGGAGGGAGGUGAGGAACAUUCCGAGUGCAGCACAAGAUGAGGUGCUCCAACAGGGAAUAUGGGAUAUCUGUCAAGCGUUUGAUGCUUCCCGUACACUCAGAUAUGGCCAAUCAGAUGAAGACUACUUUAAACAACAAGUCAUUACUUCAGCCAAAGGCCUGAUGAUUGCCUUGUUAAUCGUAACCAUGGUGGGGAUUGUGGUAGCGUCCCUAGGGAUCAGGUGCUGGGAAGAAACGCCGAAUCUGUUGUUGGCUGGAUUGGGAGGUAUCUUGUGUAUUAUUCUAACUGCUUGGUACGCCAGCCUCCUGAACACAAUCAAAACGUCGGGCUCGGAUAUUCGUGUGGGGUACUGCAUCGUCCUAGGAUAUAUCGGCAGCUGUUUCAUGGUCAUUGGUGGCGGGGCCUUGACUGUCUGUUUGUUCCAGCUGGGGCUCCAUAAAAAAGAGAAGCCACCCAACAGGUACUUAAACAGAUACUACAAUGACCCAACUUCAUCCAGGUCCUUCAUAAAUACCGUUGAUAAAUACCAGCAGCCUGCCCACUUCCCAUCAUCUAGAGUGCCCAGAAGAUCGACCGAACUUUGCGAUUUUACUGGGCGACCCACACAGGUUGCAUCCCAACAAACAAUUGCUACCGACUUCAGCACAAAUCAACCAUUUUAUGCAGAUGUCUAA